AUGGCGCCGCCCGCGGUCAUGGAGAACUGGGCGAGGACAAGAAGCAGGUUACCGGAAACGCUCCAAUGGACCGAGGAAGGGGACGUCGAAAUCGCCGCCGUCACGGUGGCAAUUCGAUGGUUCACCAGACCAGGCCCAAACCCGCGAAAUCAAAUCAAUUGGAAGGAGGUUGAGAGAAUCAUCUUCCAGAGGCUCCAUCACUUCGAAGUCCGGCAGCACAUUGCAGCUGUCAAUCUCAACACGCAACAUUCGACCUCGCCCGAAGGCCCCUAUUUCUCCGGAAACUCUCAGCAACAUCGCCGUGAAUGUGGAGGCGAAAAAGCCGCAGUCAAGGAAGAGGACCCCAAGGCUGCUCCGGACUUAGCCACCGUCUCCAACGAUCAAUCCUCGCAAUUCGGGCUCGAGUACCCAAGGGCCUCCCUGCCGCCGUAUUCUCCGGAGGCCUCGUUCUCCCGGUUGGAGGACAAGGGGCUUAUCGCUAACCAAUUCAAGAUCAAUCUUGUGCAGUUUUUCCAUGGCCUUGGUGUCGGUACCUUCGCUUUGAUUCAGCUCGACCUUGUCUAGAUGGAGACCCGCCUGAACUGUGAUGAACUUGCCGCUACAGGUGCCGCCACAGGUCGUUGACGCAACCUUCCUGGCUGAAAAUGGACCCCUCGAAGGCUCGAAAAGCUAUUCCUUCCUCGAACGCGUGGGAGACUGUUUGAUUUCCCAACAUGGUGUGGAAUAUCAUGGGCUGAAUGCUACAAUACGGGAUGUCUGCUAAGAUGCAGAGCUGGUGUCGGAUGACGUCUCGGCUGAAGCAGCCGACAACAUGGUUGGGACGAUUCUCGAGGCUCUCUAUUGGUUCGUGCAGUCCAAAUCUACCGUUUGUGGGUUGAG